GUCGGCGUAACGUUCCCCUCCCUCCCACAGUAACUCCUCUUUUGUAAACACACCAACAACACACGUACAGACAGACCAACACACUAGCGGACAGACAAACAAACAGACAGACAAACUAACAGACAAACAGCUUUCACGAUGAAUCUGAACCUGGCGGACGCGGACAACCGCGUCAUCAUCAACGUGGGCGGCAUACGUCACGAGACCUACAAGGCCACGCUCAAGAAAAUCCCCGCCACGCGCCUCUCUCGUCUGACGGAGGCCCUGGCCAACUAUGACCCCGUCCUCAACGAAUACUUUUUCGACCGCCACCCGGGCGUGUUCGCGCAGAUCCUCAACUACUACCGCUCGGGAAAGCUGCACUACCCGACGGACGUCUGCGGCCCGCUGUUCGAGGAAGAGCUGGAGUUCUGGGGGCUGGACUCCAACCAGGUGGAGCCAUGCUGCUGGAUGACCUACACCCAGCACCGGGACACCCAGGACGUGUUGGCAAUCCUUGACCGGCUGGAUCUGGACACAGACAAGCCCACGGAGGAGGACAUCAUGAAGAAGUUCGGCCUGGAGGAGGAGUACAAAUCCGGGGAACUCAACUGCUGGCAACGGAUACAGCCAAAAAUCUGGGCGUUGUUUGACGAGCCCUACUCAUCGACUGCUGCCAAGAUCAUCGCAGUGAUUUCCGUGUUUUUCAUCGUCAUCUCCAUCCUCUCGUUCUGCCUGAAGACUCACCCAGAGAUGCGAGUGCCUGUGUUGAAGAACGCCACCUCGCGGACUGUCAACGGAACCUACACAUGGCGCUUGGAGAAGAAAGAGACCGAGCCUCACGAGGCGUUUUUCUACAUCGAGUGCGCUUCGAACGCCUGGUUCACUUUCGAGAUCAUUAUACGCUUUGUGGUGGCGCCCAACAAACUCGACUUCCUGAAAGCGCCCGUGAACAUCAUAGACAUCGUGGCCACUCUGAGCUUCUACCUUGACUUCAUGCUCACUGAGCUAAAGCAGGAGAGCGAUAUGCUCGAAUUCUUUUCCAUCAUCCGAAUCAUGAGGCUGUGCAAGCUCACCCGCCACUCGGCUGGCCUCAAGAUUCUCAUCCACACCUUCAAAGCCAGUGCGAAGGAGCUCAUCCUCCUGAUUUUCUUCCUCGUUCUGGGUAUUGUCAUCUUCGCCGCUCUCAUCUACUACGCGGAGAGGAUACAGUACAACCCGGAGAACGACUUUGAGAGUAUUCCCGUGGGUCUCUGGUGGGCCAUCGUCACCAUGACAACCGUGGGCUACGGCGACAUGGCGCCAAAGACGUACGUGGGCAUGUUUGUGGGCGCUCUGUGUGCUCUAGCGGGCGUGUUGUGCAUCGCUCUGCCCGUGCCCGUCAUCGUGUCCAACUUCGCGCUCUUUUACUCGCACACACAGGCCAGGUCCAAGCUGCCCAAGAAGCGGCGACGAGUGCUGCCUGUGGAGGCGCCCCGGCCUAAAGGUUCCAAAGCUCCGGGCAUGCCGGGAGGGGGCGGUGGCGUGGGCGGACCCCAGAACCGGAGGAUGAACGCCAUCAAACACAACCACCCCGGGGCGCUGGACGUCAAGAUGAACAGGAUAGCUCAUGGUGGUGCACUGCAAGAGUUGAUGCCCUUCCGUAGUUCCCUGAGUGUGGCUUCACCACAUCGAGUUCGGAC